AGCUCCGUUCCUUGAUUGCUUCGUGCAUCUUCGCCGAGCUCCGGCCAUUCCUCCCUCUGCUCCUCCAUGUCCAACCCCGCCCUAUUCUUGGCUGAUCCGUGGCGCCCUCGGCGGACUUGACCCGCGGCGGCGAGCCGCGGCCGCGGCCGCGAGUGGUGUAAUAACCACGGGCCGCCGCUCGCACCAAUGGCGCCCCCGGAUCGGUGCUCCGGUGCCACGCCCACGCCCGAGGCGGCACCGGCACCGGCAGCCGCCGCGCUGAAGACGACGGACAUGCCCUGCAGCACCUGCGGCCACGAGGAGCCCACCAUGCCCAUGCCCCAGCACCACCACCACGAGCGCAAGUUCUCCAGCAGCACCUCCUUCUCGUCGUCCCUCACCGCGUCACCGGCGGUCUCGUACGCGUCGUCGUCGACCACCUACCUGCCGGCGUCCAACAAGCUGUCGUGCGAGAGCAUCCCCUACGCCGGGUCCGGGCCCGACGACCUCGGCAAGCUCUCGUCUUUCUCCUCCUCGUCGUCCUACGAGAGCUUCUUCCACAUCGAGGCGCUCGACGACGACUCCGCCGACUUCGGGCCCGGCAACGCGGCCACCGCGGCGGCGGACAACAACGAGUUCCUCGACUUCGAGCCCUGCACGACGCGGCCUCCGGCGGUGCAGACGAUGAUGCCGCCGCAGCAGGGCAGCAGGCAGAAGGCUGAGGCCGCCGCCAACGCCGCCGCGGGGUACGACCCGAAGAGGCUCCCGUCGUCCAUGUUCCGGACGCGGUCGACGAACCCCGCCGAGUGGAGCGCCACCUCCAACGAGUCGCUCUUCAGCAUCCAACUCAGCAGCUCCGCCGCCGACCUCAACGCGCGGUACGCCGACUUCUACUACGACGCCGCCGGGUUCCCCCGGUUCCCGUCCAUGGGGCGCGACGCGGCGGCGGCGCUGAGGCAGCUGCCGUCCCUGUCGCAAUCGUCGGGCCGCUCAGGGGGGCUGUGCGUCAGGCACGACUGCGCCAGGUGCGGCAGCGGCGGCAAGACCAGGAAGUCCGUCAGGUUCGCCGCCACCGAGAGCGUCUCCGGAGACGGCAACCACUCGCACUCUGUCGUCGUCUCCACCACGCUUGCAGUUAAGGAGACGGAGGCUCCGGCGGCGGCGGCAACAACGGGGCCGGCAGCAGGGUGGUGCGAGUUGGGGUGCUGUUUGGGAUCGUCGUCGCCGACGGUGUGGUGGCCUCGCUGCUGCGGAGGCCACGGAUGCGGCUGCCAUUGCAAAUGGUGGUUUUGAAUUUGGCGGGAAGGGAUGAUGACUUUGCGCGCCCGUUGUACACUGAAAUGAACUUUUCUUUGUUUUUGUGCUACUGACAGGGGACAUGGUGUGCUGUGUAAAUAUAUGAGUAGGCAUAGUGUGGCGGAUUGGCAAGAGUUCAUAAAAUGGCCGUGCCAUGGCUCCAUGCAACAAAACCGUACCUUUUUCCUUUUUUU